AUGGAGCUGCAGCGGGGUGAGCAGCUGCGGAGUGAUGCAGCCCGAAUCCCCCGCGGUGCCCAGUGUGCUCCAGGGAUGAGCUGGGGAGUCAGAGCUCGGGAAUCAGAGCUCGGGGCGGUGUCUGGGGGUCCGGAGGUGGCUGAGCCCUCGCUGCCUCCCCCGAGGCAAAUCCCAGCGCUGCCACUCGCCCGCCCCGCGGUGCCCAAGAAGGAGAAAACCCUGGAAGACGAGAAAUCCCCAGCGGCGCUGACCAAAGCCCCCCGGGCCGAGCUCUGCGGCGCUCCCGAAGCUGUGACAUCCCCGGGCGGCGCCCACGGGGAGGCGGGGAACGGGAGCUGCCGAGCCGUGCAGAAACCGCCCCGAAAGCUGCAGCCGCACCACUCCAUCCACAGCCAGAGCAGCAAGAAGAGCAAGGGCAGCUCCAAGUCGCCCUCUUCACACAUCCCCAUUGAGGCGCAGGAAGACUGCUGCGUCCACUGCAUCCUCUCCUGCCUCUUCUGCGAGUUCCUGACCCUCUGCAACAUCGUGCUGGACUGUGCCACCUGCGGCUCCUGCACCUCCGAGGACUCCUGCAUCUGCUGCUGCUGCUGCAACUCGGGCGAGUGCGCGGACUGCGACCUGCCCUGCGACAUGGACUGCGGCAUCAUCGACGCCUGCUGCGAGUCCGCCGACUGCCUGGAGAUCUGCAUGGAGUGCUGCGGGCUCUGCUUCUCCUCCUGAGGGGCCGCUCUGGGCCGGGGGAGCCGCGCUGGGACCCCCCAGGCUCCGGCCGGUCCUUGGAGCUGGCGGAGGAGGAGAGAA